AAACGCCUUCAAAUCUCCCCAGCGCCCGACAACAGCUCAUUCUCGAUUCCCCUCGUUAAUAUCCCCCAAAUUUCACGACUUCUCCUCCCCAAAUCAAGCUCCGGCUCGCUCGGCCCCAGACCGCGGCCGGCUAUCCAUGGCGGGGGCGGAGGCGGUGGAGAGGGCGCACGAGCUCUACCGGGGCGGCCGCCACCGGGAGGCGCUCGAGCUCUACUCGGCGGCGCUGGCGGCGGCGCGGGGCCCCGCGCAGCGCAUCGCCCUGCACAGCAACCGCGCCGCCUGCUACCUCAAGCUCCACGACUUCCACAAGGCUGCAGAAGAGUGCACAUCUGUUCUCGAGUUGGAUACCGAGCAUACUGGAGCUCUCAUGCUACGUGCCCAGACUCUUGUCACUCUAAAAGAUUACCAGUCGGCUCUAUUUGAUGUGAACCGGCUAAUUGAGAUAAAUCCAUCCUCUGAAGUAUAUCGGAACCUUCAUGCGCGACUGAAGACACAGCUGUCACUAGCUCCGAUUCCAGAGUCUGAAGAGGAGUCCCUGUAUACUGAAGAAGACAAAGAAGAUCUGACACCAAAAGAGAAUACAAAGAAUGAGACUGUCGUUGUUAAGUCUGAUCAACCUUCUGCAAAACUGCUUCUUGAAAAUAAACCUGUAACAAAAGCUCUGAAGGUUGAAGUGCCUCCCAAUCUGCCUUCUAAACCCGAGGGUGGGGUAACCGUACAAAAACCAAAGGGCCAUUCAGAGCUUGAUUACAAGAAACCUUUAACAGAAGCUCCGAAGGUUCAAGUGUCUCCCAGUCUGCCUUCAAAACCCGAGUGUUGGGGCAUCAUCCAAAAACCGAAGGGCCAUUCAGGGCUUGAUUACUCGAAAUGGGACAAAGUUGAGGAUGAUUCGAGUGAAGAUGACGAGGAUGAUGACGAAGAUGACUUGCCUCGGUAUAAAUUCAAAGUCAGAACCGUUGGUGUGCGUACCGUGAAGUGAAUGGGAUCAUCAAUAAAUAAGUUUACUCCAUGAUCUGUGGAUAGCCGUUUGACAGCAUCCCUACUAACUGUGGUCCAAUCUGUUCGGUUACAUCUUGAAAUACUCCCUCGGUUCCUAAAUAUAAGUCUGUUUAAAGGUUCCAAUAUGGACCACAUACGGAGCAAAAUGAGUGAAAAUAUGUCUACAUUCGUAUGCAGUCUAUAUUGAAAUCUCUAAAAAAACUUAUAUCUGGGAAUGGAGGGAGUACUUGGAUGAAGUGUUGCCGAUUGGUGUUUGUUUAACUGAAACUCAACUGUGGGUGAAGACAUAAGUACCCGCUGCUCUCGCCUCGUGCGCUGCAGCUCAGGUUUCUGGAUCUGGAACCUUAGCAGAGGAAACAAGUCUGGAGUGAAAUCAUGUUUUCAGCGCAACCGUGGGAUGGAGCACAGCAUGCAAAUCCUGUAGGGAGCCCCUCUAGAUUCAAGCUAACAAUCUUAGUCCGUAGAUUGCAGUCUCUGUACAUAGAUUGCGCAUUCAUCGUGUAUAAAAAGCUUAUUUGUGUCUGCCCCAAGACAUUGUCUCACGAUUUCAGUCAGCAAAUUUGAUGCUAAUAUUUCAUGAUCCAA